UCAAAAAUAACAGAGAGUUCCCUCCCUCCCCACUUCCUUCACGACCCGCUAAACUAGGGUUUUUGACGAUCACCAUUACCAAAUUCAAAUUCAAACUCUCAGUCUUGUCUCUGCAAGAAAAAAACCGAUUCCCUUGGUCUCCAUCUCCAAAUUCACCCUCCACAAUGCAUUGUCUAUCGCUCUCUUGCUCCGAAAACACAAACCAAGCCCUAACAAAACCCUUCGGCAACCCAAAUCCACCCGACCCUUACGCCUCGAUGCUCCAAGAGUCCGUCCACCGAUUCAUCGCCGAUUACCGCAAUGCCGUCACCGAUUUCUCCAAUUUCACCUCCAUCUUCUCCAGGCUGCUUCAAAGCAUCCCCGAUCCUCCUCUGGAAAUCGUCUGGUUCUACUCGGCGGUGACGUUCCACGGCGCCAAAUUCACCGCCCAGCCCCGAGUCUCGGCGGCUAAGGACCUCUUCCAGUUGCUCGUUUCGUGCUCGGCCUCGUGCGGUAAGCUCAAGAGAAUCGCGGUGCUCGCUCCUGUCGUUUACGAGCUCUGCAAUUUGGCCAAGGAAAAUCCGGAGGAGAGGGGAGAGAUUCAGUGCUUAUUGGAAGGAAUCAUUGGCUAUUUUAGCAUUUGUUGCGUCGGCGCGGAGCAAGGUCAAGAUGGUGAUCUUGAUCUGACUUCGUGUUUUUUGGAUGUGAUACGCGUGUGGGUGGUGGAUAGGUGUGGGGUUGGAGACGAAUUAGAAGCGUUUUUCCCGAUCAUUACUGAUGAGAUUCGUAAAGGAAUGAAGAUGGUGCGAUCAUUUGGGGUUGGCAAUUUGGCUGGGAUUGUCAUUUGUGAAGCUUUUCUGUUGCGGCUGUGCUUGAAGUUUGGGCUUGAAAAGAUCUCAAGAGCGAACUUGGAGAAGGAUGUUCGCAACUGGGCGGUUCAGAUGAUUUCUGGGUUUCGGUGUUCUUCCUUUUUUGAUACUCUUCUCAGGAUGUUGUUGGAACCAGUUUUGCCGGUCGCUUGCCUUCUGAGUCCUAAAGACGAAUGUCUUUUGCUAGAAGUUCUAUAUGAUUCGGUGAUAUUGGCGGACUAUUCUUUUCUCAAACCUCAAGUAGAGUCAUCUGGUGAACGCUUGAAAAAUCUUGCUAUAACGUGGUUAAUUGUUGUUGAUAGCGCCAUACGGUUGGUUAGGAAAGAUGAUGACCAGACCAAAGUCAUUUCUUACAUAAGUGCCUUAUCUGAAUCUUGUCUGGCAUCUCACUUGAUCAAGUGGGUUACAAAUCAAAUCGGCAUGGAUGGAAAGAUCUUCAGACAAAAUGUUUCAACUCCAGUGGCACUUAUUAGUGAGUAUCUCUGGUAUCCUUGUAUACUUGUCUACAUAGCAAAGUUUAUAGUACAUGUGCAAUGUUUUCCUUUUCUUUUAUUCUGCAUUCUAAGUGAUAUUACCUCAGAGUGGAUGCUACUUGUUGAAGAUCAAGGGAUAAGAGUGUUUGAUUCUGAGAGUUCCCAGCUUCGAGCCAGAGAAGUUAUCAGUAAGUCAAGAGUCCAGUAUGUGAUUCCAGUUACUAAACCAGAUGGUAAAACACUGGAACUGGAUGAUGGAGAUCUUGAGAUGGUUGAUUCUGAGGCUGCUAAUGGCAUGAAAAACACACAGGCAACUGACGGGGUCAGAAAACGGAAAGGGACAAUGAAUGGGUUGGAAAUACCAGUUAAGUUUGUCAAGUAUCACUUUGAUGAAAAUUCUGUGAAGGAGAAGUUUCAUUCUUUAAGUAAUGGUGAUGGUUUGAGCAGUGAGGGUGAGGUGGGCAAUUCAAUUUCGAUGGAGACAUGCUAGAUAUGCAGGCUGCAGCAAUGAAAUCCAUUAAUCGAACUUCUGCACAGGACCGAUAAACCAUUGUCGGUGGUGCUUUUUUGAAGAAACACUUUUUGAGUUAACAAGAGAUUGUUCUCGUAACCACCCGGUUCUGUGCUCCUAGCUUUUAGGUCUGCUAUGCUAUCCUUCCUGUGAUUGAAACUUCGGAGAGAGUAGAAUGUGUUUUCUAUUAGGCAUGCCGGGAUUUUCAGCAUCUUCAGAUAUUCCUGCUCUUUAUAUUCACCAAAAAAAAUGUGGGACUAAUAGAGUAAUAGUUCCAUGUGUUUUCCUCUAACGACUCUUUAUUCACCAGCUUCAUUUUAGUCCUGGUUUGAUCAAGCAGUCGUGGUUGAGAAAGUCGAUAUUGACGUUGUGUAAUGGUAAUGUAUAUGCUCUAUAUGUUCUUAACUAAGGUAAUCAUAUUUACAGUUUUAAGUACAGUUGUCCAAUUAGU